GAAUUAAAGACCAAUCCAUCAGCCUUUGCCUUCCAAGAUAUUGUCUAUUGUAAUAUUGGUAAUCCACAACAAUUGAAGCAAAAGCCUUUGACUUUCCAUCGUAAUGUUCUUUCAUUGCUUACAGCUUCUCAUUGGUUGGAAGAUUCAUCUAAGAAGGAACUCUUGAGUCAAAUGGUCAAUCGUGAUGUUCUGGAACGAGCCGAGAGAAUAUUGUCCAAUAUUGAUUCAAAAUCCACAGGAGCCUACACUCACUCUCAAGGUUAUGAAUUUGUUCGUGAAGAUGUUGCUGCGUUCAUUGAGCAGAGAGAUGGACUCAAGAAGGAACCAUCCACUCCGAUCGAAUCUUCCUCACCGAUGGAGCUUCACCUGGUGUUCAAUUGUGUUUGA